AUGAUCCGAAUGGCUUCUAUUGGCACCAUCGGCUUCUGCAGCAGACUGACGGCAACGGGCUCUGGACGGCCGCGACGCCCACACAUUUGGUCCAGGUACUCGACAUCUCGGUGCACCGCGUGUCGCCGCUGGAUCGGAACGAGCCGGUCCCUGCCCCGUGCCGCGACGACGUCUUCCUAUUCGACCCUUGUUCGAGCCCCCUACAUCAAGGAAGAGCUGGCUCUCACGAGGUUCGAGAACGCGAAGAUCGAGCACUUCCCUUUGUCUGUCCCUCGCGUGGUCGUCGAGUUCCUCUGGAGCUUCCGCGCUCAGGGCCAGAUUUUGGGUUCUCAUCAUCGCGAGUGGGCCGGAAGAGCGGAGUGA